AUUGUGUUUAAACACUUGCAUCUAAUCUUUUAUUCUGCUAUAAAGUGAAUCAUCUUGAUGCACAAGGGAAGUGCCACACUGUUUUUCAAACACUAAAAUGAUGCUCAGAUAUAUUGCAACAAUAAUAAAUAUGUCAUUUGUUGCAUCCGGGAGAACGUGAGUGACAUGGCUAUUAAUACAGUGGCUGCCUCGGAAGUACUCAGAACCUCAUCUUCAGAUAAUGCAAAAUCAUCUGCUCAUGACAAGAAAAUCCUGUGGUUAGGGCUUGUAGCUGGCGGAUUAUUACUUCUCAUUGCUGCCUUGAUAUACUUAUCCAUCAAGAAACGGCUUUUUCGUGCAUGCAUGCUAGGCCGGAAGCAGAAGAAAGAUGAUCUGGAUGCAGAGAAACUGAUGUUGAGGCGGUUCCAGAUGGAAGAGUUAGUCAGGGCAACUAAUAAUUUCAGCAGAGGUUGCUUGAUAGGCUCUGGUGCAUUUGGAAAUGUAUAUGUAGGAACAUUUGAUGUGGAGGGAACACUGGCAAUCAAAAAAGCCCGUGCUGAUUCGUACACAAGCACCCAUGAAUUCAGAAAUGAGGUGAAGUUGCUGUCGAGAGUGAAGCACCAAAACCUCGUGGGUUUAGUAGGAUACUGUGAAGAAGAGGGCCCGAAGGAAGCACAAGUCUUGGUUUAUGAAUAUGUUCAAAAUGGUUCACUACUUGAGUACAUUGUGGGCAGAGGAGGAAGAUUUUUGACAUGGAGGCAGAGGGUGAAUAUAGCUAUUGGGGCAGCUAAAGGCAUAGCUCAUUUGCAUGAAGGGAUCAAUCCUGGCAUAAUUCAUCGUGAUAUUAAACCGAGUAAUAUCCUGUUAGGGGAGGGUUUUGAGGCAAAGGUUUCAGAUUUCGGGCUGGUGAAAUCUGGUCCUACUGGCGAUCAAUCACACGUUAGCAGCCAGAUCAAAGGGACACCAGGGUACCUAGACCCUGCCUAUUGUACUAGUUUACAUUUGAGUCCAUUUAGUGAUGUCUACAGCUUUGGAGUUAUACUUCUACAGCUUGUUGCUGCUCGGCCUGCAGUCGAUACAGCCAAAAAUGGCUCUAACUAUCAUAUUAUCCAGUGGGCAAGGCCUAGUUUAGAAAAAGGCAGUGUAGAAGAUAUAUUGGAUGCUAAUCUUUUACUAGAACCAUGCAACAUGGAAAUAAUGCUGAAAAUGGGACAACUAGGCUUAAGAUGUGUCGUAAAAGUGCCUAAACAGAGACCAACGAUGACUCAAGUUUGGCAAGAACUGGAGGCAGCCCUUCAUAUAGCAGAUACUUAUAUCCCUAAACAUCCUAUAAAGCGUAGAUCGCUAAGAGUUUCUCAAGGGUCAAUGGUGGAACAAGACGAGUCUGAAACUGGUGUUGAAUUCCAAAGAUUUCAUGUAGAUAUGGAUACCAUGCACAGUGCAAGCUUGAGAUGCCUGGAGAGUAGUGCAAAACUCGUCUGUCAAGUUCCCUGGAAAGGCCAUCCAGUUUUCUCUUCUGUUGCUGCAGCUACAAAUCUCGGAUAUCCUUCACUAAGCUAUUCAUGGACAAUUCUACUACUUUAUGAGGCAACUUCUCCAUGGAAGCUAACCAGUGAUUACAGACUGUGAGAGCAUUGAUCGUACAAUCUGGAGUUGAAGAUAUAUCCCAGGAGCAGUAUUCAUUUUCAAGAGCUCUCAACUUAGACAACAAUUUUUUGAGAGCUUUAAUAUAUGCCAUCUGUGCAAAAAA